GCCCGGUAACAGGUGGGAUUUAAAAUUCCAUUUAAUUUUCUCGUGUGUCGCGCAAAUCCCUCCUCGUUCUCACUGUGCACUUGAAUGAUGAACCCGAUAUUUGAAGUGUAGUGAUUCAAAACUUUACUGAAAUUGAAAAUGGAGUUUGAUUUCGACGACGAUGUAUUCGAUUCACCCAAGAUCCGAACUCAAAUUUCGGAAACUUGUUACAACGCGAAGAUUUGUACGCCUGAGUGGUUUCUUUCUGCAGCAGGGAAAGACACUGAAGAGCAACUAUUACUGGCAAAACACAAGGCAGACUAUGAAUACUACCGAUGUUACUACGUUAAUGCUUUGGAGAGCUACACACGGUGCUUGGCUCUCGUGCCGAAAUCAAAUACCGCAGUCCAGCGAGACUGCAUCGAGGGAAAAGCAAGGUGCUGCUUGAAGCUUGGCAAAACUGGAGAAGCCUUGCAGUGUGCCAAGGAACUGGAAAGCCUGGCCAGCAACUGUGAUCACAGGGUGGCCUUGUGGAUGAUGCUGGCUGAGAUCCAUCAUCUUGCCGCAAACACAUGUGAGGAGAUGGCUGCACUCUGCAGGUGUGUUCUGGUUCGUCCGUGGACAUCCGAGCUGUGGUACCGUCUUUCCAAAUGCUACCUGUCUCAAGCCUCCUCCGUAGCCAAUGGCAUCAGCUUGCCCUCAUCUGCUCUGAUGGCUGGUGCAUCCUUGAUAAGAACAAGGUUCCUCUACCAGGGAUCUAUGUCUGGACACCGGUCGUUUGGGAGAGUGCAGAACUUGAAACGACGGGACGAGGUUCAGGGGCUGAUUGAGGAUCUCAACCUUCCUCCCAACUUCAUAGAGCUCGCUUUAGAGGAACUAAACAAAGAAGAUGAUGGGAACAAGGAUCUCGAAAGAGACGACGAAGAAGGAUCCUUGGCCCUGCUCACCGUGACGUCGGCAGAGGUAGUUUCAACAUUGGAGAAGCGAUGGUUCUCGUGGGUCAAGCACACACCUUCAAGUCUCCAGGGGAUGUGCCAAACUGAGUUGUUACAAGAUUUCAAACUUCAAACUGUUCAUGAUUCGUGACGGCUGUGCGGUCUGACACAUGGACGUGACAUGAAACUGGCAGGCACGAACCAGCUUGGCAGUCACAUGACCCCUGCAAGCUUUGUACCUCUACGUCUCAUUUCGGCUCAUCUUUUUUUCUGUACAAAAGACUCUUUACAAGAACCAAAGAUUCCUUGG